GGAGAGAUGAAUAUAACAAAGCACGGGGAGAAUCUGCAAUAUUCUAUCCCCUUUUCUGAACUCGUGUCAGUUUCUCUGGACUUCUCUGAUGGAAUUUCACGACUACAGAUCAUUCUGUGGCUCAAUCAGACCAGGUGCGGUACAUCGAUCGCAGGCGAAAGACUGGCCAUUCAGCUUUUAUUCCAGAGCUUCCUCUGGGACCGCCAGUCCCCACGAUACGUGGCUUGGGGUAAUACUUACCCAUAACACCAUAGUAUGUUUGGCACGUGGAAAUAUGACCGGCAGAAUCGUGGGGGCACGAUCCGCCAGACCUUCGAACGGGCCAACCUUCGACCAACUCCCCAGCAAGCCUGCAAUACCUGUCGGGCAAAAAAAAUGAAGUGCACCGGCGAGAAGACGGGGUGCAGCCGGUGCAAGGCUCUCGACUCGCCAUGCCAGUACACCAAGCCCAGCGAGAGAGUCAGGGCGUCCCGCAAAGACCGCACAUCCGCCAAGAAGCGGCCGGCGUCUACUGGCCCUAAAGAUGAUGUGGAAAAGGCUGCCGAGGCCGAACUGCUCAAGCCGCCGUCCCCCGUUGACAUUGGCGAACGUGCGACCACCACACACAUACCGGACGAUGCUGCUGAGAGACAAGAUGCAGUUGGGUGGAGUGCCUCCGCCUGCUACCCCACGGGGCCGGCGGCGAUGGACUGGCCGAUGUUGACGGACUCGGCGACGGCGGGACCCGCGGACGAGACGGCUGACGACCUGCUCUUACAGUGUUUCUCCGAAGACGGUCAUCGGCCGCAAUUCUCUCCGCGCAAAGUGUCUAGCAAGAUGGGCUCCAUCGACCUUGCGUGGAUGGACGGCUGGCGAGACUCAGUAACGCAGGAGAAUGAAGCCGGACCCUCACAUCACACGGCAUGGCCGGGACAGGAGACAGGACAGGCAAAGGUGCCUUCUGCUACUACUCCUACCGGACGUUUAUUACCCACGCUGUCAGCGGAGACGAUUCGUGAGGACAGCCCGUGCAAAGCAGCAUUGCCGCCAGAACAGGAGACUGGAAUGAGAACCCCCAAAAGGGGAACUAGGUCGCCGGCGAACGGGUGCCAGUGCCUCCCUCGCGUCGUUCUCCUGCUAGACGAAUUCGAGACGUCGCUCAAUGGAAGCGAUGGCCCAGACAUGCCCGGAAGCAGCUCGGAGACGAGUUAUCAAACUCAAAACAAGCACCAACACCAACACCAACAACGGCAACAUGCGCUGGAAUCGACGCUCGCGACCCUCAAAGAGCCCCUGAGCCACGCGCGAGCGAUGCGGGGGUGUAGUGCCUGCAACUGCAAGCAGGAGAACAUGACCCUGCUCACGUUUCUGAUCUCGCGACUAGCUGACUUAUUGAACACCACGUCCGCCUCAUUGGACGUCUGUAGCCGAAGUGCUAGGACAGGCGAAGCGAGGGGCUGGCUCGGCAAUGUCGUAGUAGGAGAGUACGAGGUCGACUCGGACACGGAGUGGGAAAGCAUUAUGGGCAGCCUGGCGUUGUUACACCUCCAACGGCUGGGUUUGCUGAUAGAGAGCAUGGGCAACUUGCCCACAAUAGCGAACAGCGAGUCGCUGCAAAGACGCCUCGCAGCGGCCGAGAGCAAGUUGACAGCCACGCGUGUCCGACUGUGCUUGUAGAAUUAUGAAUGGCAUUAUCUCUUUAGUAGAGGAUGGAUGUAAAGUCCGUCACCCUGCAACCAUCACCCUGAAAACCCCACACCGCUAUAACUAGGCCUCUUCUUCCACUCUACUAUUCUUAACCUGUUUUCACUUAAUUAUUAUCAAACUUUAUAUGAAGCUUAUUUAUUAGCAAAUAGAUUAAUAUAUAGAAG